AUGUUGACAGUGGCAUACGGUGAAACUGUUCUGAGCAAAAAAAAUGUUUACAAGUGGUACAAACUCUUCCAAGAUGUCCGGGAAGAUGCCAAUGACGAGCCUCGCUCUGGACGCCCAAGCAAGCAUGGUUAUGAUAUCGAAACCAAAGCUAAUCGUCACAAUGGAAGAGCCCAGGAGUUCUUACCAUAUGGUCGUACGGUCAAUAAACAGUAUUAUCUGGAAGUUAUGCUCCGUUUGCGAGAAGCAAUAUGAAAGAAACGUCCAGAAUUGUUGAAAAACAGUUCAUGGCUUUUGCAUCACGAUAAUGCCCCUGCUCACUCAUCUUGUGAGAGAUUUUUUGGUCAAAAACAACACCACAAUAAUGCCUCAGCCGCCAUAUUCACCGGAUUUGGCCGCAUGUGACCUUUUUUUUGUUCCCAAAACUAAAAAGACCUAUGAAAGGACGGAGAUUUGCAACGAUUGAAGAGAUAAAGACUGCAUCGCUGGAAGAGCUCAAGGCUAUACCGAAAAGUGCUUAUGGGAAGUGCUUUGAGGAUUGGAAAAACCGUUGGCAUAAGUGUAUUGUAUCUGAGGGGGAUUACUUUGAAGGGGACAACAUUAAUAUUGAUAAAUAAAUUAAUAGUUUUUCUUGAAAAUACAAAGUCACCUUACUUUUUGAACACA